AACACACAAGCCUUAUAAACCCACAGCUCACAUAAAUCAGUAUAGGCAUACACCUAAACUUUUUACAGUUCACUCUCAUAACAAACUAUGCUUUGCAAGAAUGCAGAAUAGACAGAAUCCAUGUUAUUAUUUAGGUUACUUUUAGGUUACUUCUUGUUUUCAUUUUUGAAACCACACAUCUGAAAAUGGCAUCGUAUAAAGAUUCGGCAAAGCGCAGGAGGAGGAAAUGUAGUUUGAGCCCACCACCAAGAAUGUCUGAGCUGAGGAUCAUUGUGAUGGGAAAAAGUCUGCAACAUACCUACAUGGUAGGAAAUUUUAUCCUGGGAAAAGAUGCAUUUGAGACUGAAGGUCCUUCACAUUCAGUCAAGCAGUGCAGUAAGAGAGCCAGUGGAUGUGUUGAAGGAACGCACAUCACUCUCAUCAAUGCACCUCCUUUAUUUAACCCGAAACUAAAACCAGAGGAACUGAAAGAGUGUGUACAUCUUUCUGCCCCUGGACCUCAUGCAUUUUUACUUGUGAUACAACCUCACAGCUUCACAGAGGAGGACAAGAGCCACUUGGGAUUGUUACUAAACUACUUCAGUGAGCAAGCUCUAAACUACACCUUUGUCAUUGGUAUAGAGCAGGAUUCUAAUGGAGGCAAGUCUGGAGAAAAGUCGAAUGCUUUUCAAAGUUUAAUAAACGACUGCUGUCAGCGGUAUUAUAAAUAUAAACAGCUUAAAAAAAAGAAUUCAUGUCGUGAGCUUUUUGAGCACAUCAGUUAUGUGGUCGACCAAAAAUGUCUCAUGUGUGACGUCUCUGAGGAAUCGGUCCAAAUUGAUGAUAAUCCUGCAAGACUGGGAGAGAGAACACUAGAUCUUCCAGAUCACACAAAAGAGAAGAGCAAAUCAACUUUAGUGGGAAAAGUCAUAGGUUAUGUGCUGGGAAGUGAUUCCUCAUUGCCAGUGUUAAACCUGGUGCUGUGUGGAAGUGAUGAAGCACUAAAGACCUCCAUAUCAGAUCUCAUAUUGGGCAAGAGAAAUGUGAAGACUGCAGAAGUCUGUGGACGCCGUCUCAGGCUGAUGGUGAUGCCAACUCUCUAUAACACUCAACUCUCAGAUGACGAAGUGGUGGAUAAGAUUCUUCACUUUAUCUCUCUGGAUAAUCCUGUCCAUGCUUUUCUUUUCAUCAUUCCUGUUGGUCCUCUCACUGAUGACGACAAAACAGAAAUAGAGAUGAUUCAAAGAAUCUUUAGUCCAAGUGUGUGUGAUCACAGUAUAGUUAUUUUUACCAGCGAGAACAUUAAUGAAGCUACAAUUAACUUUGUUCAGCAAAAUUCAGAAUUGGAAGAACUUCGACGCUUGUGUGGAAACAGAUAUAUGAUCUUAGAGAAAGAAAAAAAUCGAGGACAUAAACAGGUACCAGAACUGUUAGACGAAGUAACAAAUAUAAAGAUUUAUUCUCUCUUAAUGUUUAUCGGGGCACAGAGAGAUGGAGCUAAAAAGCCACUAGAGGAUGAACUGUCUGAAAUGAAGAAACAACUUCAAGCUAAACCACAGGAAGCAGGUGCUGAAGGUGAAAACUCUGACUUCAAUCAUCUGAGAAUUUUACUGAUUGGAAAAGCAGGAAAUGGGAAGAGUGCCACAGGAAACACCAUUCUAGGAAGAGAAGCAUUUGAGAGUGAUGUCAGCAUGAAAUCUGUUACAAAAAUGUGCCAGAAGGGAAUUGCAGAAGUUCAGGGCACAUCAGUAGCUGUUGUGGACACUCCAGGACUCUUUGACGCCACACUAUCAAAUGAAGAAGUAAUAGAAGAAAUUGUGAAAUGCAUUUCAUUGCUGGCACCAGGACCCCAUGCCUUUAUCAUUGUGCUGAGUGUGGGAAGGUUCACUGUGGAAGAGAAGGAAACAUUGUCUAUGAUUAAGAAGAUCUUUGGUGCUGAGGCUGCAAAAUACACUAUAGUGCUGUUUACUGGAGGAGAUAAACUGAAAGGUAAAACAAUAGAAAAUUAUAUCAAGACCAGUGAUCAUCCAUAUGUGAACAGGUUAAUCAGGGACUGUGGUGGAAGAGUUCACUUGUUCAAUAACACUGUAAAAGAUUCCACCCAAGUUAGCGAUCUCCUUCAGAAGAUUGAACAAAUGAUCAAGUUUAACAGGGUCAAUUAUUUUACUAAUGAGAUGUUUGAGAUGGCAGAGAUGUCGAUACAACAGAAACAAAAGGAGAUGCUGAAAGAGAGAGAGGAACAGAUGCAAGCUGAGAAAGUGGCUCUGAAGGCCAAAUUUGAAGAAGAGCUUCAACAGCUCAGGAAAAAAUGGAGAAAGAGAGAGAGGUUGGAAGAAGAUAGGCGAAUCGGAAAACACAUUUAAGGAGAGAGAAGAAGCACUGCAGCGAGAAUAUGAGAGGAAAGAAGAAGAACUGAAAGAAAAAUGGUUGAAAGAGAAUCAAAUACGUGAAGAAGAGGAAAACGACAAACUGCAGA